AUGGCAGACGACGAAUUCCAAAGAGCUCCUGCGCCAACUCUUGAUUCUGAUGGAUAUCCCGAGGAAGGCCCACCGCCCGAUACCGAAGGUCUUGACAGACCAGACGAACACGAAGAUAAGCUCGACGACUUGAACGAUGAAUUCGACGAUCCAGAUAGAGAGCGCGAGCCCGAGACACGUCCCAACGGGCCUGAGAAUGACCUCGCAAACGACUCCGAUGAUGAAUCACUUCUUUCAGAAGUCGAUGAAGCCCAGUUCGCAGAUUUCGACCCGGGAGCCGUUGACAUUGCACCUGACUUCGACGCGCUCAAGUCCAUCAAGGUUAACAAGCGGAAGCGAGCUGAAGGUGAAGAACCGGCAGCCAAGAAGAAGAGGAAGGACAAGGAACGGAAACGGCCCAGUCGAAGAGCGGAUAGUGAAGCCUUGUCUGGUGCUGAUGGCGUUGAUGGCAAGAAGUCGAGGAAGUCGAGGGCUACAGGGGAACCCCGGCAACGUGUCGAGAUCAACGAAGACGACCUGUCUCCUGAGGAGAGAAGAAGACGAGCCCUGGACAGAGCAAUGGAUGCUGCAGUCAAGAGGACCCAGGCGAAGAGGAUGAGAAAGGGUGAUGGCAUUGAUCUGGAGCAGGCAGCAGAUGCAGAGAUCGAGGAUUUGCGAAAUCGCAUGAUCACAGCAGCCGAAACUGAUGGAGAACUCGUUCGACAAGGCCAACCUGCGGCGCAAAAGCUGAAGAUGCUUCCCGAAGUGGUCAGCCUGCUCAACCGAAACACUUAUGUCCAAUCUAUCCUUGACCCCGAAAUGAAUCUUCUGGAGGCAGUGCGGUUCUUCUUGGAGCCUCUUACCGACGGCAGUCUUCCGGCAUACAACAUCCAGCGCGAACUGUUCGCAGCGUUGGCAAAAUUACCCAUGAACAAGGACGCUCUGAUCUCGUCUGGCAUCGGCAAAGUCAUCCUCUUCUACCGAAAAUCCAAGAAAGCCGAACCGGCCAUCAAACGACAAGCCACGAAACUCAUGGAAGAGUGGUCAAGGCCCAUCCUGGGCAAAACCGACGAUCAUACCAAGAAGUAUGUCGCUACAGCACAGUACGACCCUAACAGGGUGCAUGAUGUUGCGUCUCAGCGACCUCUGGCUGUUCCGAAGGCCAAGAUCAAUAGGGCGCCUGGUGAGAGAGAGAGCAACAGGGCCAGAAUCAAUCACGUCCCGACAACUUACACUAUUGCACCGAAAUCGCAUGUCAUUGCUCAUCGCUCCGGCCCAUCUUAG